CUAGCUCUCCGUCUCUGCCAAUUAUUAUAAAAGCUCGUCGUAGCGCAUUGGUGCGCUAGUGCGCUAUUUUCGGUGCGCUAGCUAGGUACCCCUCGAUGCGAUAGAGCAGCCAUGCGCAAGAUUAGAAAACUUGUGCUCCUACUCGUGCAUGCUGCCACAGCAAAACCGGAGCCGCUCUCGAAAGAGGAGCUGCACAAGCUGUCAGCAGAUGAUAGAACUCCGUACGCCGGCGAGUACGCGACCGAGUUGUGCUCCGGUAAACCUCCGGGUCUUUCGGACGAGGCGGGCCGCAUCUACGACGGGUUCAAAAGAUAUUGCGAGAAGUUCGGCACGCAGUGGAACAAGUACGUCGCCGCGCUCGAGCAGAUCUGUGCGAGACAUGGCCAUAAACAAUGUCCCGACCCGUUGACCCCGGAACUGGACUUCUGGGACGACUAUAAACGGGAAGCCAUGCUCUACGAGGCGGGCCUCUACGACGCCGAGGCCGAGAUGGCGGGCUUGCUCGGCAAGCGCGCCGACGGGAAGCGCCUGAAGCGCCACGCGGCCGUCACGCGCGCAACGCUCGCCUACGAGCGCACGGGCGACGGCGUCCGGCUCCUGCGGCUGUUGGAACAAGCGACGCCCAAGGAGCGGCGCGGCUUCAUGGUCGACACGAAGGGGUCCCGCACGAAGGAACUCUUCGACCGCGCGGAAUCGUUGGAGAUCACGAUCAUGGAAUUGCUGAAGCGGGACAUCCACGACCGCACCACGGAUCUCUAGUUUUUGAAUAAUCACAUGUUGUUG